UCUAAUCCGAGAAAGCCUCCUUCAUCAGAUGCGGCGGAGCUAUGAACGAUGAUCCCACAGCAGCGAGCGACACGGCCCGCUUGCCAGCACGCGACGAGAACGACAGCGAUGCCGGCUCCCAGGACGACGAUAACGCCGGUGAGGGAUCAAGUCAACAGGCAUUCGUCGAGAGAUCAAGAGGAGCCGCGCGCCGUGAUGGUCGGCGGCGGACGUCCUCCCGGGUGCGACGGGCCAAGGCUGGCAUCGCUAAGAAGCUCGAGUUCAUGACGCACCUCAUGAGCAGCCUGGAUGUCGUCGUCUUCGCCGAGCUAUGUGCACUGUACUAUAUGGAUUGUUCCUUCGCGCGCCUAGUCCUGCGCUCAUCCAUCCAGUACUUGUACCUGACACCAAAACCCGAGGACUUUCUCAAACUCGUGCCUGCGCCCCGACCGCAGAUAUACACCAUACUCGCCUCCAACAUACUGUGCAUUCUCUCCCAUCUCAUAUUUUCACUCCCUCAAGGAAGUGAGACCAUGCGUGGCUACCUGCACGGGGGCGUCAUCAUCGACUUCAUUGGGCAGAAGGCUCCCACAUCCAGGCUUGGCCUCUUACUCCUCGACUGCUUGAUACUUUUGCUGCAGUGCAUAAUGUGCGCAGUCUCGGUGGAGAAGGACCGCCUCAAGCAGAUCGAAAUCACGCUGCGGAGAGUGUCUGCCGGUGGGUUUCCCAAGAGCGCGAACACUACCACACCACUUGGUGUGCCCACGGCGGCCGUCGACCUCGUAACAGGGGCACAGGCAUCGAGACAGGAUCUAGACUCGGAGGAGCGAGGUAUCAUGAGGGACGAUCCGCUCGGCGCGGACGACACAAACAACAUCGAGAUGCGACCAUUAACAAAUAGUCGAAACCCUUCAGCUACAACAGACGACAACGGCGGAGCAUCUGGUAUUUUAGAGGCUCGAUACCAGCGAAUAUUGAGAACAAUGGCUGGCUCACAUUCUGAGGACGACGGACCGGACAGGCCGAGCUUGGUGGACGUGCUGAUGUCUGGAAACGGUCUGUUGGCCAAUUUCCAUGUCGUGCACGCGCUUCGCACAUUGGUCGUGGAUAGCACCAGCGGUUCCAGUACGGCAGCCUAUUCUCUACAGUUGACAGGAUAUACCAGCAGACUGGCAGCGAUGGCCGCCGAUGGUCAGCGGCGGGUCAGGAGACAGCAGGGUGGCGGAACAACAUAGACAUGAUGAUAAUGAUGAUGAUGUCGUCUC